AGCCGUUUUGGCUCAGGCCGCUGUUUGUUGGGCCCUCAGUUUGAGGCACGCUCCUCCACAGGAUACUCGGGGUAUUCUGAAGACCUCCACCCUCCUGAAACCAUGGCAGACUCCCUGAGGGGCGGCCCGUGGGGCUAUGGCGACAUUCUUGUGCUGCUGCUUCCCAUCGUCUUUCUGGUGUGGGCGGUUGUGAAGCGCAGCCCGAUGCAGUCCACCGUCAGCCUGCCGCUAUCGGCGGUGCUCAUGUUCUUCAUCAAGCUGAUUUAUCUCGGCUCCCACCCACACGACACCACAGCGAACGUGAUCUCGGGUGUGCUUGGCGCGAUGACGCCGGUCAGCAUCGUGGCCGGCGCUAUCUUUCUCUUCGACUGCAUGGAGUCAUCGGGCUGCUUGGCAUGGAUGAUCGCGACCAUGAAGGCCAUCACCAAGGGCCACCCGGUGGCGGAGGUGAUGCUGAUCGGCUGGGGCUUCCACUUCCUGGUGGAGGGUGCCUCUGGCUUCGGCACUCCUGCGGCUCUGGCGGCGCCCAUUCUUUACUCGAUGGGCCACGGUAAGCUGGAAGCGGUUGUGUGUCUGCUCCUCUUCAACGGCUUCUCGGCCACCUUCGGCGCUGUGGGAACCCCGAUGUGGUUUGGCAUUGGGGAGGCCACUGGAUUGGAUAACGAGGGGCAGGUUAAGGUGGGGCGCGUGGCGACCGUGAUGCUGGUAGUCAACGCGCUGCUGCUCGUGCCCUUGAUUGUGCGCGUUUUGGUGCCCUGGCAGGACGUGAAGAAGAACAUGUUGUUCAUCUACCUCAGCAUCCUCAGCAUCAUGCUCCCGAUGCUCGGCAUCUCCUUCUUCUCCGCGGAGUUCCCCACUAUCGUCGGCGGACUCGUCGGCCUGGCCUCCACUGCGCUGCUCAUCGUGUACGGUGUCGGCCUGAGGCCCGUCAGCGGCAAGACGCCGCAGAGCUCUGCCGAUGCGCAGUCGGAUGCCGCGGCCAGCGACGUGGAGCGCCCGCCUUCUGCUGACCAGGUGUCUGACGAGCAUCCAGCGGCCGCUCGGGAGCAGCAGGCUACGAACGCGGGGGACAUCUACCUGGACGCUGACAUGAUCGAGGCCCUCGCCAAUCGGGGCAACGCCAUGAACAUCAUCCCACGCGCGGUGUCCGAGGCCUCGCUCCGUCCCGUGGCGCAGCGCUCCGCCGUCAUCUCCGUAGGCACUGCCCCGUCUGGCAGCAAGGGCUCUGACGACAAUGGCAAGACCACGGUGCCAUCCGAGACCGGGGUCUUUGCCGCGUUGCUGCGCACGUCUCCGAUCACAUUGACUGUGCUGCUGCUGGUGCUGACGCGCAUCGAGCCCAUUGGACUGAAGGAGCUGCUGACAGACAAGGAACCCAGCUUCACGUUGGACCUGAAGCAGAUCGGCGACUUCUCGCUCUCUGCCUCGCUAGUCUUCAGCCUGAAGGACAUCAUGCGUGCGCCUACAACGAAGACUUGGACCUACGCCGCCCUGUACGUGCCGAGCAUCCUCCCUUUCUUCGUCGUGGGGAGCGUUACGCUGGCGCUCUACAGGAGGGAGCUGAAGACGGGCCCAGCGAGCAUCCUGCGCGGCGUAGUGAGCCGCAUGCAGAAGCCACUUGUGGCGCUGGCGGGGGCGCUCAUCUUGGUCGAGCUGCUGCGAGGCAACGAUCUGUACGCCGACUCUCCAGCCUUCAUCAUCGGAGUGCGCAUGUCCGACCUGCUCAGCUAUGGCUUCCUGGCACUUUCGGCAGCCCUGGGCUCUCUCGGCGCCUUCUUCUCUGGCUCGACGACCAUAUCCAAUCUGACCUUUGGGAAGGUCCAGCAGGUUGCUGCCGAAAAUUUGAACGUCGACAUGUACGCUCUGCUUGCUCUACAGGGGGUCGGCGCAGCGAUCGGCAACGCCGUUUGCCUGGCCAACAUUAUUUCUGCCAGCACCGUAAUUGGCCUCACCGUGCCGGAGGGGGUGGUCCUCAAGAAGGUGUUCCCGCUGGUUGCCGCGUUCUGCGGAAUCAGCACCGUCGUUUGCCUGCCCUUCCUGCUUGCGUGAGCGCGCCAGGCUUCUAGGAUGCAGCAACUCCUGGGAGGUGAGAUUCAGCAUCUGCGCUGGUAUAUCCGUGGCCAGAAUCUGCUUCAUCUGGCGUGCUGCCGGGCUGAAUCUGCUUAGAUCCAGCUCAGUGGCCCCCUUUAUUGGGCUUAAGUACUUUUCACCGUUCUUAUGGAGACCACCCAGCAGUUGCCUCCUAUAGGCUUUCUCAUUGUGGAAGUUCUUCUCAAGCUUGCUGUUUCAGAUUUGCUGCACGGUUUGAACUGAGCUCGCCUUGCCACAAGCGCGGGCGAGUCGCUGCGAGUCGUGCACGGUUGCAGGCACCACGGCUUCGUCCCGUGAGGCCCGCGGGCUGGAGGAAGACUCUGCAUAUGAUGUCGGCUCAUGGUGCGCAUGUGGCACGAACUGCGCCAGCGUUCCUGAAAUCUUGACCACCUCUGCGGGCGCGUGGGCCUCGUUCCUCCUGCGUAAGCCCUGUAGCGUGGCAUCCUCCUCUGGUGAAGCAGGCUUCGGGGUCCUUUCCCAGCCAUGCCUUUUUUGGACGUUGUGUGAUCGGUGCUUUGUGGAGGCAUCCUCCCACGUUGUUCUUUCACAGCGAAGGGCUCACACUGCGCUCGGGGUGAACUCACCCUCUCUCUCCUUUCAGCGGGGCCCCGGGCUCUUCUUAGACGCCGCCCCGUUCUGCAACGAGGGCGAGCGGGUGCCUUAGGACGCUUAAUUCCAAGCUCCUCGCUGAACGUGCGCGCAGUAACAAAAUCGUUACACCUGUAGCAGCGCGGGAGAAUUGUUUAAGUGUGAUAGAUAGCCGAGGUCGUCAUGCAAUGAGCGGUGAAUCUUUCCCAGUCGCACAGGCAGACCCUCGGGAAACAAUCAUACAUUGUUGCUCUCAGCUUGCAGUGAAUGGGAUGAGUUGAAGGCCGUGCUGGGUGCUACGCCGGACUGCGCAGUUGUCCUCUGUCCCUCCCGUGAUGGGACUCGUGGAGAAAAGGAGCAACAUCCACACGAGGCGCAGGCAGAGUUUUCGCGUACAUGGGUACAUGGUCAUUCCAGCAUGUUCUGUGCGCUGCUGCUCGAUGCCUCACCGUGUGUACGGCGAGCCCAGGUGCGGCCUUGGUACAGCUGCUCUUGUCUGAGCAGGCCAGCGCGCAAGCAGGGCCAGGAGCCAAUGAGGACGAUGAGGAGGACGUUGGACCCAAACAUCCGACGUCGCUUUUUUGUCGUUUUGAACCGUCGUCGUUUC